AUGGUAGUGAAGUGGAGAAAACUGACCAAAGGGUGGGUCAAGAUCAACGUCAGCGGGUCAGCAAUGGGAAACCCAAGCAAAUCUAGAGGCGAGGGCAUAUGCAGAAGUGACAAAGGAGAGUUUCUUUUCGCAUUCUUGGAAGGUUAUGGAGUUGGUUCCAAUGUCAAUGCGGAACUCCGGGCUUUUCAUGAUGGCCUGUCUCUUUGCCUAAGAAGGGGACUGUCUAGAGUGAUUGUAGAAUCGGACUCGCUGCCGGUGGUAAGUGUUCUCAAAGGUGAUUCCAUUCCUGGCUGGAAAUGGGGGUAUUGGAACUCCAGGAUUGAAAGACUUAAGAUAUGCGGGCAGUGUGAAUUUGUUCACAUUUUCAAGGAAGGUAACGCGCUGGCAAAUGCCUCCGCCUAA